GCCUGUAGUACAAUUACAUGUAUUUACACAGUUCAUGCCUUGUCCGUUUCUGGUGAUUGUCAAAAAUAAUCGCUGUCUAUUUGCCCGUUUGUGAAAAUUAUUCCGCUUUAUGAAUCGAUUUCGAUCAGAGGAAGUAUAUGACAGCAAGUAACGACAACAAGUACAAAUAUCUUGUCUUAAUUUUGGUUUGCAAAUAAGACCACUGUUAACGAGUUGAUUAUGGGACCAUGCAACUUCGAUGCAACCAAUGAUAUUCCUCUGUGAUGUUGAACAUUUGAGAGGAAAUUCACAUUUAAGUCGAUAGCCAUGGCCAGAUGGCGCUACCAGUAUUGCAAAGUCAUCGUCGCCACAUCGCUCGUCUGGUUCCUCUUGGACGUCGUGCUGUUGAUGUACUACACGGAUUGCGCAACUCCUGCAUCAUGUGACAAGACAAAAGAUGGUGGAGCACCGGCAAAGGGUGGUGGAAUUCUGGAUCGGAUACUACCGAAAGGUAAUUCAGGAGAUGUAGGAAAGAACGCGGUGGCAAACCAUAACAUUCUUCCACCACAGCAUGGUCUUUUAAAGCGUACACCAAUCGGUCCAGGUGAGAUGGGUAAAGGCGUGCCAGUACCGCCAGAAAAACAUGAAGAGAGCAAAAAGAUGUUCAAAAUCAACCAGUUCAACCUAAUGGUCAGCGAUAUGAUCUCAGUUAACCGUUCACUGCCUGAUUAUAGGUCAUCAGGGUGUCGCUCGAAAGCCUACCCGACCAUAUCCGACCUGCCUGACACGAGCGUGGUGAUAGUAUUUCACAAUGAGGCCUGGUCGACACUUCUGCGAACCAUCCACAGCGUCAUUAACCGCUCUCCGCCACAGCUUUUAAAAGAGAUUAUAUUAGUUGACGAUGCAAGCGAAAGAGAUUUCCUCCAAAAACCAUUAGAAGACUACGCUGCCAAAUUACAGACAUCAGUUCGUAUCCAAAGGAUGGGAAAGAGAAGUGGUUUAAUACGUGCAAGAUUAAAAGGUGCUGCCCUUUCUGAGGGAAAAGUAAUAACAUUCUUAGAUGCUCAUUGUGAGGCAACAGAGGGAUGGUUAGAGCCUUUACUUACAGAGAUCUAUCACAAUAGAAAAGCAGUAACGUGUCCAAUCAUUGAUGUGAUAAGCGAUGAAACAUUCGAAUACAUCCAGGGGUCCGACAUGACUUGGGGUGGCUUCAACUGGAAGCUCAACUUCAGGUGGUACCCCGUACCUCAGAGGGAGGUCGACAGGAGGAAAGGAGAUAGAAGUUUACCACUCAGGACACCUACAAUGGCUGGUGGUCUCUUCUCAAUUGAAAGGAACUUUUUCUAUGAACUCGGUUCCUACGAUCAGGGUAUGGACAUUUGGGGAGGAGAGAAUCUAGAAAUGUCUUUUAGGAUUUGGAUGUGUCAUGGCACACUAUACAUCGUCCCUUGCUCACACGUGGGCCACGUGUUCCGUAAAGCCACUCCGUACACAUUCCCGGGAGGAACGGUCAAAAUUUUAAACCACAACAACGCCAGGCUUGCGGAGGUUUGGAUGGAUGAGUGGAAGGACUUCUAUUAUAAAAUUAAUCCUGGUGUGAAAGCAGGGGACGGUGGUAAUACAGAUGUAAGAAAAAGUCUACGAGAAAAAUUACAAUGCCACGAUUUUAGAUGGUACUUAAAGAAUAUAUAUCCUGAGUCACAGAUGCCUUUAGAUUAUGUUUCACUAGGAGAGGUGAAAAAUAAAGCCACAGGGCUGUGUUUAGACAGCAUGGGUCGUAAGAGUAGCGAAAAUGUUGGUCUUGUCAACUGCCAUGGGAUGGGGGGAAAUCAGGUGUUUUCAUAUACAAAAAAGAAAGCAUUCCAGACAGAUGAUCUGUGUUUAGAUGUGUCUGCAAUCGGGGGUCCAGUGAAACUGUUUACCUGCCACGGGCUUGGCGGGAACCAACUCUUUGUUUACGACAAAGCAACAUUACAUAUCAAACAUGUGAAUAGCAACCAGUGCCUAGAUAGACCGUCGCCAACACAGAGAGAUGCACCAGCAGUUGGUCCAUGUACAAAUUCCGAAUCACAGCAGUGGGUGAUAGGUGACAUUGAUUGGUCCAAGUUUAAAUAAUGCUGGUAGAUUUUAUAUAGAGUCCUGUUAAUUCACAGAUGAUAUUAUUUCGAAGAAUAUUUUUAUACUUGUCAGUUUCGCUUGUAAUCAUUCCGUGAUUGUUAUUGGAAGGAUGAGUUCUUAUGGUUGUGCGAAUAAGUGAUGGCAAAUAUCCUGAUAUAAUGCAUUCUGGCGUCGGCUCUUUAAAAGAGUGGUGCUCCAAUAAAGUAAUACUUCCUCAGCCUGGGGAUCAGUUUCCAAUUUUAACUGGUCUGGAAGGGGAUGGAUUUCCAUACCACCAAUUUAUUAUGGACAUCUAAUCUAAAAAAUGAACCGAGUUUACAAUGGUUAAAUGCUGAUUGAAUUCAGAUUUCAAACAUGGAUUGAUCAGCAGCACAUGUUGAGGGGCAGAGUUCAAAAGUAAUUCAAAUAAUGAGGAAAAUAAUGGUGUGCUUUUUUACGUGGCUGGUAAGUAUUUGAGAUACUGGGGGUAUAAUUGUGACUUGAGAAACAUAUUGAAUAUUGUGAAAUGUGACUUGGUGUCAAUCUGGAAGUUUUGUGGUCACAUGGAGAUUAUCAUCAUAGUUGAUAUUGCGAUAUGUAAAUUCAUUGAUAUUUUGUAAUUAGUGGCAAGCAAUAGUAAUCUUCUUAUUAGGCUGGUUUGCAUAGAGACAAGGUAUAACUUGUCAGUUGUCAUUUAGAUUUUAAAAAGGCUAUUCAUAACCACACUUUUCACUCUCAUGUCAUUUUAAUACGUCUUCAAGCCAAAGUCAGUUAACAAAGAUGUUAGUAGCAAGUGACUUAUGACUCAUGAAUCCUGACAGGUAACAAAGUGAAUUCUAUGUAAACCCAUUGAUCCAAUUGGCCCGGUUCGAUGAAUCAAAUAUGUCACCAUAUAUCAUUUUGGUAAACGUAGAGAUAAGCCUGGCAGUAGAAGAUUAAUGAAUUAAAAUAAAUGGUUGUACAUAUUGAUGCAAAGAAUUGUGAUAAAUAUUAAUGUCAGUUGAAAUUGUAAAGAGAAAAACUUACAUGUACAUCUAGUAGAAAAAACAUUCUGUUGUACCGGUAUUUAUCUGUCACAGUGAAUUGUAGGGCUUAGAUUUCUGCAAGUAUUUUGGCUUGAUUUUUGGCCUUGUGCAUUUGUGUUCCAGGUAAGUGUCUCGUUGACUGGAUUCAAACAGGGGACGAUGGGAUUUACAUCUGUACUUUACUUACUUAAACCUUGAUGAAAAUUGACUUUUUAAUUAUUUUAAAAUGACAUUUUAUCAUUAGUAUUUCUGUGGAAUUUUAAUAUUUUGAUUAUUGUAAAGUGCUAUUUUAUUGUCUGUGUAUUAUUUUCACAAAUAACUAGAUUCACGAAAUAAAAAUUGUGAAAAAAUAUUUGAUUGGAAAAACUGAAAGAAAUUUUGUAAUUUGGGAAAAUAAAAAUCAUAAAAAUAAUUUUUUCCCAGAAAUUUUGGCUAAGCGCAGUGUUAAAAUUUGGCAGUUUUCUUAUUACUUCUAUGUUAUUCAAGUAUUUUGAUUAUUAGAAAACUUCUUCAAGUGGUGGAUUUGAAGAAAAAACCUUGUUCUCAUCAUACCAGGACAAGUUUUGGUGUAAAUUUGAUGCUUCUUCAGACUUUGUAAAAAUACUGUGUUAGGAAUUGUUUGAUGGUUUCGAGGUUACUCAUACGUUUUUAAAGUUAAAAGAACAGACUGAGAAACUGGCGUAAAAAAUCAGGUGCUGUUUUGGCUUGUUCGAUGACUGAACUACUUCUGGUAUUCUGACGUAUUCAAUAAAACAGGCUACGUGUUACCACUUGAAGAGUCAACUCGGCCCUUGACCUAGGUUAAAAUCAUGUACUUAAACGUUGACCAUAUUUGGUUUAUUUCAUGACAGGGAAGAUUUUAGAUUUAUGCAUGUUCAGCCACAUACUCAGUUGAUAAAAGUUGAUCUCAUUUUCCAAUUAAUUCAAGAUUUAUGUUCAUAAGAAGAUUCCCAGAAUGGUUUACGAGAAGUGAAAAUUCACAAUUUGAAAUUAAUCAUUCCCUUUUAUUCAUGUGCAACUCUGAAAUUAUCGACAACAUGACCAUUACGAUAAAGGGAAUUGAAGGCUCGAGUUCGGGGUUUGAUUGGUCAAUAUCUGUUGGGGAGUCCCAAAUCACUGCACUGGGUGGUGCUGGUCUGAAAUGGCUCCUGCAGGGAAAAUGGUUAAUCUCCGAGAAGAUCCUGUCGACCUAACUACACAUAAUUUAGAACUAUUCAAAAUUCAUUCCUUCUGAUGGGUGGACUUUGCCUGCAAGAAAGUUACCCAUUAUUUAUUCUUAAAUGUGCACCAUUCAAUAAAAAGAUGCAUAUCCCUCCAUUUGCCUGUUGUAUGUGAUCAUAUCACACAAGAUGUAAAGUUUACACAAAUAAACAUUUAUAUGUCUACUAUUUUCAAAGAAAUCUGUCUUGAUUAUUUUUUUGCAGCAGUCGCAGUGAGGAUUUGGUCUGUCAGCCAACCACCGUAGGCCAUUAUUCCAUAGUCUUACUCAAUGGCUAAGAGAUAAUUUUAAACAUUUUUAGCUCAGCUGACUACGUCAGUGGAGCUAAUCAAAUACGGUACAGUAGCUAGGCUAUGCUGCGCUUUCCAGACCUGCUUACAUGUAGGAUUUGGGCAAACAAUAUAUGGCCUGGGAACCUGGUUGUAUAUCGUGCAAGAGGGACAUGACACUUUCAAUCUAGCGAUCACAAAAUGCUUUUAGAACCAAUCGAAAAAAACUGA